AUGGCACAUUCCAUCGUCGAAAGCGAAACUAGUGGCAGUGCUUCAGUGUACCGCGCAGGAUCUCCAGUGUUCGGCCAGGAAUCCAGAUCGUUGUAUCGCAUCAGUUGUCCCGGACGGAGUGAAUGCGUUCCGCUGGCAGAAUGUCCCGAACUGUUGCUAGAAACUGCACGCCAAUGCUAUCGUGGAGAUUUUUCACUUUCCUGUGGGGUCAACGAACUUGAGCCCCACGUGUGCUGUCCGACGCAGAACAAAUACGACGAUCAAGCCGAUACGGGUUGCGGUAAAAGUAUCGUUCAAGGAGACUUCUACAGUGGCUUGGGAGCGUACCCCUUUGUGGCACGAAUAGGAUUCAAAAACAUAAAAUCCGGAUCCUUCAUUUACCCAUGUUCUGGUUCAAUCAUCGCGCGCCACAUAGUGUUGACAUCUGCUCACUGCGCACUGGCCAAAGCUGAGAGUCAUCGAUUAUCGUCUGUUAGAAUUGGCGACUACGAUACUCGUACCGACCCGGAUUGCGGAAGUACCGGAUUUUGCGCACCAGCAGCCAUCAACCACGCAGUAAGCCAAAUUAUUGUCCAUCCAGACUACGUAGAUGGCCAGUAUCACCAUGACAUUGCACUGUUAGUGCUAAGAACGCCAAUCAAUUACACGGUGGCUGCGCAGCCCAUCUGUUUGCAUCGUCGGCGCCAAGAUCUGACCGUCGGACGGAGAGUUCAGAUCAUUGGCUGGGGUAAACUGUCAACCAGUGGGACCAAAUCACCAGAACUGCAAUCGCUCGAAGUUCCCCUGACAUCAUGGGAUCAAUGCGUUCGAGCCUACAGUUCGACUGGGGCCCUUCAAUCGACCAAAUCUAUUGAUGGAGAGUGGAUGUGCGCGGGCGGUGAAGGACGCGAUGCUUGUCUCGGGUUUGGGGGUGCCCCUCUGAUCAUCAGAGAGCGCUCCCGCUAUGGGCAGAUCGGUAUCAUGUCAUUUGGAGCAGAAACGUGCGGUGCACUAAAUAUGCCUAGCGUGUACACCUCGAUUGCGCACUAUGCUCAGUGGAUUGAUGCGAACACGCCGACGACCUUUGUCUGAACACGCGAUUCCCGGACAGGUGGAAUCGGAUAUGCCAGUUUAAAGUGAUAAGUUGUGUAUAUUGGAGAAAUUAAUGUUACAAUAAAAUGCUGUGUUUCCGAGUUAUAUCAUCAGUCGAGUUGCGAUGGUUACAGUUUGAUAAUAAUUGAGAUCAUGGCUUCUUUCUAUUUAGAGUUAAGUGGGGAAAAUCGAAGCAUAGGUAAUUUAAUGUAAAACAAAACAUUGUUGUACUUAUUGCACGGGCUCUUUAAACGUAUAAUACCAAUAACUUAUUCCAUAUUUUUUCCU